AUGUUUUUCCACGCGACCUUGGCCCGAUCAUUCAUACAAUCCCUUCGAUUGCGGGGUGAUGACGACUUUGUGGACCGACUCAACUACUAUUACACGCCGAUCAUGCUGGCCGUCGCGUGUCUAAUCAUCAGUGCCAAACAGGUGGGACUUUUUCGGAGAUUGUCAUUUUACGUUAUUAUUUGUAAAAAUUUUGGACUAAUUUUGUAUUAUCCAUGACCAAUCUGAUAGUAAAAAAAUUUCUGCGGCAUAUUUUAGGUUUCUAAUCAGCAAUUUUCAGUAAUCAAAGGGUUUUAUGCCGAAUUUCUAAAAAAAAGUUUGUUUAAAUUUUUUUCAGAAAUUUCUGAAAAAAAACUAGCCAUCUGUUUACCAUGCAUUACUGCAGUCUGCAUUCUAUAAAAUAUGAUUUUUUCCGCUUGAAAUCCGCUGAGAAAUAGCCAAAAAAGCAUCUUUUCUCUAACCGUAUCUUCAUUUUACGCGCAUUCUCGCCCAAAAAAAUCGUUGAAUAGCUCGGCUAUGACUGCAAUUUGUGAGCCAAAAAUUAUCAGUAAUUGAAAUGAGGCCUAUAAACAACUAGUAUACCAAAUUUCAUUGUAAUACGAGCCUUUCAUUUCGAGUGUUAUCACUGAUAUUAUACAUGGCAAAUCUGAUAUAAAACCUAUAUUUUUUCAGUACGGUGGGACACCCAUCGAAUGCUGGGUGAAUCCGCAUUCCCGUGAGUCCAUGGAGGAGUACAUUGAGAGCUAUUGUUGGAUUCAGAACACCUAUUUCAUCCCCAUGUACGAGAAUAUCCCGGAUGACCAUCAGUCCAGAGAGAGUAGGUCUAAACAUAUGAUCUUUCUAUGAAAUAUCACGUAAAUCGUGAGAAAUUAGGACGGCUACGUGUCUAAUGGACAAGACACUUAUGUAGUUUCUAACGAAUCGAAGAUUAAAAACGCACAUUUCACCCAAGUUUAAUGGGAAUUCCCUGAGGGGAUUAAAAAAAUUUUUUGGGAUUUUUUUGUUCUAUGUGCUAAAUUACAUUUUCUGAACGACACGUUAUUUGGGUAACAAUUUAAAAAUGAAGAGGAAAGAAAAUUCUUUCGAUUUUAUGACGGCAUAACAAGUGUAAUAUAUGGAAAAAUAAUGUUCGUAUUUUAACUAGUAAUAAUUGUGGAUACUUCUAAUGAGUUUUCAAAGCGUUUACAAUAUUUUAUAAACCCUAAAUUUACCAUAAAUCACCAAAAUUCUCUGUUUUUAGACAAAAAAUUGCCUAAAGAAAUAUAAAUGAUAUAACUCACGAUUGAAAUUCAACUUUUUUAAAUGCAAAACUGAAGUAACACGUAUUUUACAGAACAACAAAUCGGGUACUACCAAUGGGUACCAUUUAUCCUCAUCGCAGAAGCCCUAAUGUUCUCCAUGCCAUGUAUAAUGUGGAGGUUAUUAAACUGGCAAACAGGCCUGAAUAUUCAGAACAUUGUGGCGUCUGCUUGUGAUGCGAGGAGUGUAAUUGAGCCAUUGGAGAAGGAAAAGAUGCUGGAGGCCAUCAGUUCCUCUGUUAUUGACGUUUUGGAUCUUCAAGAUCCACUAGUCACCCCACAUCCGGCUUCCAGCGUUUUUGGCCGAUUUAAAUGUACAAGGUGAGGAUUUCCUUUUGUUUUCCGAUUUAGGAAUACAAGUGGAGUGAGUGGAACCGGGCCCAGUGGUUGGAUCGGUAUAAAUUUGACCUCAACUCAAUCCGGAGUUGGACGAUUGGGGAAACCGAAAAGUUUUAAUUUUCUUCGAUGCAAGUGUCGAGAGUAGGAUAAUCGAGGGUGCUGAUUUCGAAAAUCACAUUCAUUUUUUUGAUAGUUACUUUUUUCUUUAAGUAGUACUGUAAAGUAGUAAUUUUUGGAAUUUUUUCCAUGAAUAGUUGAUUUGGGGGUGUUUGAUGGUGCGGCUUUCAAAUCAGAAGAAAAAUGAAUAAGGUUUUGGAAAUCAGCACCAUCGAAACCCCCCAAAUCAACUAUUCAUGAAAAAAUAAAAAUUACUACUUUACAGUACUACUUAAAGAAAAAAGCAACUAUCAAAAAAAUGAAUGUGAUUUUCGAAAUCAGCACCCUCGAUUAUCCUACUUUCGACACUUGCAUUGAAGAAAAAAUAAUACUUUUCGGUCUCCCCCAAUCGUCUUUUUCCCCAAUCGUCCAACUCCGGAGUGAGUUGAAGUCAAAUUUAUACCGAUCCAACCACUGGGUGUAACGUAUUUUACAAUUUUCCACAAAAAUUGGAGAAAAAUCACCAAAAAUUGUGAUAAAGAGACACACUCAAAUUCUGAACUUUUCCACUAAUCAAAACCCAUUUCAGAUUGCUGAAUGGUCACUAUGUAACCAUCCUCUACCUAUUUAUCAAACUCUGUUACACUUUUAAUAUUGUUUUACAAUUCAUGUUACUGAACGCGGCCCUCAAGUCCGACGAAUAUUUGUUGUUCGGGUUCCAAGUGCUCUCGGAUUUGAUCGCCGGCCGUCCGUGGACGGAGAGUGGCCAUUUUCCGCGGGUGACGCUCUGCGAUUUCGAGGUCCGAUACCUCGCGAACACGAAUCGAUACACGGUGCAAUGUGCAUUGCUGAUUAAUAUCAUCAACGAGAAGGUGUUUGCCUUCUUUUGGUGUUGGUAUUUGGUCUUGGCCAUCAUCACGACGUAAGUUUGAAGGGUUUGGAAGAGAAUUUGGAGCGGAGAAUACAAAAAAAUAUAUCAAUUUUUUGUACAGUGGUGGAGCUGAUCCAGUGGCAAAAAACGUACCAUUUUGCAUCCAGGAAGGAUCAAAAAUGUGGCAAAAUGCUUCCCUCUUCAAGUGAAAAAACUUCGUUUUAAAGGGCUUUUGAAAUCGGAGCUUUUUCACUUGGAAAGGGAAGCAUUUUGCCACAUUUUUGAUACUUCCUGGAUGCAAAAUGGUACAUUUUUUUUGCCACUGGAUCAGAUCCCCCACUGUACCUAAAGUAAUAUAAAUUCAUGCCGAUUCUGACCAAACCCCCUAAAUGAUAUUACCUAAUUCCGCAAAAUCAAGGUAAAAUACGUCUGAUCCUACGAAAAAAUCGUAUUUCCCCUUGAAUGCCCUCCAAAUUUCAGCUGUUCUUCCAUGUUUUGGCUGACCAACUGCUGUCUACAGUCGGAAAAAGUGGAUUACGUCCUAAAAUACAUGCAGAUCGCCGAAUCAAACGACAAAAAACGUCGAGCCAAGUUACUCUCAACCUCGACGACCUCUAAUCAACGAGAUUCUAUGGAUUGCAAGGAGCUGGGGAUCCUUCCGAACACCUAUCUUCUCCACAAAUUUGUGACCGAAUUCCUGAAAACGGACGGGAUCUUCACGCUGCGGCUGAUGGCCAAUCAUGCCGGCGAGUUGGUGGUGAUGCAUGUUAUUCGAGCGUUGUGGCGCGAGUUCUGCGAGAGGAAUUGGAAGGAGAUUGAGGACUAUACUUCCUUUCGUAUGCACUCCAUCAAAGCAAAUUCGAAUAAUCGGAGGGACUCGCAGUGCAAUAAUCGCAAGAAUUAUGGCCUACGGAUUGAACAGAGCACGUAAGUUAGCUAGGAAUUGAGUUUAAGGCCCUUUAGGAACAUCUAAAGACCCUUUAUUUAUAUUACUUUUUACGCCGUUGUGUACAACUAUUAGUUAAAAUUUGGUAAGCUAGAUACUUUUUUAUGUUAUACUUGAUAUUAACCUAGAGUGUCCAUAUACAAUAUCGUAAGACUCUUAUUGGUAAAAAAAAAAUAAAUACGGGUCGAUGGAAGCCUGUGAGGACUAUAAACUAUAAAAACACGCAAGAUCAAAAAAAAUCCAUGGCUUUUGCAAUAUUAUGCUAGAUAUUGUUUUAGGUCAUCUCCUAUUUAACAAGGAAAGUACAUCUAUGGGGUAUGGAGUUACAGGUCGAGAAAUAUAUCAAUAAAAUCGCAAAAUUUUUAUGAUUCAAAAUAUGUAAAAUUAGCUGCCAAUUUUGUUUUGUAAGGGCGGAAGAACUUUUCUUGCAACACAAAUGCCCCUUUUUUAUACAGGAACUACUAAGUAAGGUUGUAGUACUAAUCAAAUUUGAUAACGUAAGGCUUAUCAAGACGCCAGGAUUUACUUUAGCAAAAAAAACUUAUGAAUUGGUAAACACUUGGUCAAAAAGGCAUUUACGUGGUGUUGCGAGAAAAUUUCUGAGGAUUUUUUCGCCUAUACAAAUCAAAAUAGGGCAGCUAGUUUUUACAGAUUGUGAAUCAGAAAAAUUUUGCGAUUUUAUUGAUAUAUUUCUCGACCUGUACCUCCAUACACAGAAGUACUCUCCUUGUCAAACAGGAGAUGACCUAAAACAAUAUCUAGUAUAAUAUUGCAAAAGCAAUGGAUUUUUUGAUCUUGCGUGUUUUUAUAGUUUUAUAGUCCUCACUGCUCUCCAUGAACCAGUAUUGAGACCUAUAAGAGUCUUACGAGAUUUCAUAUGGACACUCUAGGUUAAUAUCAAGUAUAACAUAAAAAUGUAUCUCGAUGAUCAAAUUUUAACGAAUACUUGUAGCUAACACUGUAAAAAGACAUAUCAACUUUAUUUCUCACAAUUUUGAGUAUUGAGCCUCAAAAAUAACACCAAAUUUUUUGAUCGAUGCCUAGUGUAAUAUCGAAAACGCCCAAAUUUUAGCUAAAAAUACUCCAAUUAAAAAACUUCCUACUACCUGGGGAUCCUAGACUAAAAAAAUUCUUAAAAUCAUCUCCGCAUAGUCAUACCUCCAACAAAAUUCUCGUGGAUUUACACUAAUCAUACAGGUAUUACAGCGCGAAAUCGAAUCACUCCGUACAUUCGGAGCCGGUGAUCAUCGCCUCGUCGGUGGCUCCCCGACUAGCUGACUCUUCGUACAGCGAGAAAGCAAUACUAUGA